UUUGUACAUUAGGAAAUGACCUAUAAAGAUUUCAGUAGCAUUAUUGUAAAUUUGGCAUAAUCUCCCUUAAAGAGCCUGACUUUUGAAACUUUCUCUUUAUUCUGAUGUGGUUUUCAUAUAUGAGUUUAUUUUGAUAAAACAGCCAAUGGAAAAUUGACACUUCAAUCACUUUCUCUUACACGUCAAGUGGUCCACCAAAAUUAUCUUAAAACUGGAACGUCUCUAUAACAUAUCCAUAAAAGGCCUUAAUUCAAGGGUUCUGAAAGGUAAUAAGAAAUUACACAAGCAUGGAUGCGAAAUCUUUGAAAGAAUUGUGGAACGAAACAAAUCAUUUGAAAGAAACUAAAGGGAUCUCUCAAGAGACAGUUCCACAAUUGGUAAAAGGAUACGAGUCCUGUCUUGGCUUGGUCAGAAGAGCACGUCUAUUCUCUUUGAAUGAAGACAUUGAUGAAGUGAAAACGAGUGAAUUGAGAUAUUUACUACUGGAUUUUGAGGUCGCGAAGUGUAUGGAACAAUGGAUGCAAAAUGACCGACUAAAAGUCAUUGAAUACUCAAAAACUUGCUACGAAAAUUUCCUUCGAAUUUGCGAAGGUUACGGACUGAAGCCGUUACCAAUUUCUUCGUUUACAAAAGAUACAGAUGCAAGAAGUACAAAAAUUGCACGGUAUAAACUACGAAAAGAUAUAGAAAACGAAAUUGGAUCCAUGACCAAAGAACACAUACAGGAUGAAGAAUUAGAGCGAAAGGUGUGGAUCAACAAAAUACAAAUGGCGAUAGAAGACACAGUUGACGAUAUGAGACACAUUGAAAUGGAGAUUCAGAUUCUGAAAAGUUUAGAGAAGCAAGCACAUGAAAAAGACAUAAGUCAAAGCCAAGAAACAUUAAGGAAGGAAGAGCAAAGAAAUCAGGAUCGCAAUACUUGGAAACUAGAUUCACUUACCAAAGAAAGCCUUUUGGAUCCAAAGAAUAGACCUAUACAGCCAUUUACGAUUGUUUCAGAUAGAAAUGCGAAGUCGAAAAACGUUUUUGGACCUGGUUAUAAUUUACCGACAAUGAGUGUGGAUGAAUAUUUAGAUGAAGAAGCUAAGCGUGGAAAUAUUAUAAGUCAAAAGGAUAAUCAGAAUCAGCAAGGAUCCUCUGAAGAUGAAGAUGAUAAUGAUAUUGCUGAUGCCAAAACUAUGAAAGCACGAUACUGGGAUGAAUAUACGGAAGCCAAUCCUCGAGGCAGUGGAAACACAAUGGUUAAUCGGGGUUAAAAGGACUGGAAAUUUUGAACGAAUUGAACAAUUCAUAGUCCAUAUACCCAAGAAAACUUCCUUCCUUUUUAAGAACUGAGUCUGCUAACGCGAUUAACUAGUACAGUCAUAUGCCACAAACAACUGAUUCUGAGCAAUCUACAUAAUGAAGCGGUUUUAGUUCUAUCUUAAAAUAUUGAAUGUUAUUGUUUUAAUCACUCAGCACAGUUUUUAUUUAUUUAUUUUAUUUUUUUCAAUUCGCAAGCGAAUACCUAUGGUG